AUGGUUUCUAUGCAACGAUCUUUGUCUUCGCCCGUCCGCGUUCACUCCUCUCCCACCGUGUCAUCGUCGGUCGCGCAAGAUUCGGCGUCGCCCGCUCCGCACAUCGAUAUCCAUGUGCAACCCCCCCGAACUCGUCGACGCCGCUCUCCGAGCCCAAACCCAGCUCACAACGCGACGCAAACCCUACCACUACGACGCUCCGACGACAACGCCCAUCGGGGCCAUGCCCAACAACACUCACCAGCCAUGUCCUCCCGCAAGCCCAUCGUGGCACAGCCCAACAUGCCUGGCCAGCCGAGCCCGCGACACGCUCCCGACGAUUCGACCGUGAAACCCGCCGACUCCAAGAACGAAGACGCCCCCUCGCCGUUCCCCAAGCUUCUGCAGGACGUUUCCCAGUAUACAAAUCCGCACCUGGCCCCCGAAAACGAGAGCACGACCCUCGAGGAGUUGGCCCAUCUCGUACGACUGUCCAAGUACCAGGAGCGCAAGCGCGCCAACACCCGUCUGCGACUCCAGAGGAAUUUGGUUUCUACGGCCCUCAGCGCCCGUCUGACCCGUUGUGGAGAGAUAGCCCAUCGUAACUUGGUCGACAGCUUCCGCCGGGACGACAAGGAGAACUUUUCCGCCCUCUACAACGCCAUUCACGAUGUACGCAACAGUUGUGACGAGCUCCGCCGUUACGCCCUUCUCGAUCCCGAGAUGGAGGGCCUCGCCUCGGCUGGUAUUGGUUCUUCUGAAAGUUUGGAUACUCCGACUAACUCGGCAGCUGCUCUUGGUCCUCUCAAAACCAUUACUCCCUUCCUGCACGACAUUUCCGCCUCUGCCCGGGAUACCUUUAUGGACUUUCUCACGCAGCUUCGUACGAACCCGGACUACCUGGCCACUCGUAUAUGUUCCCUGUCAAGUUCCGAGUUGAACUCGUUCUUGACUUAUCACAAAGGUUUGGAGCCUGUGGAAUCCGUUCUCCCCUUUCAUGGUCGAUCUGCCGGAAGGUCUCACGCAAGUGCGUCCGGAAGAAGCAGCACCGCCGUGGAUAUUGAACGAUUACUGUCCUUUCAGCGUCACGACCCCCUCUCGAUCCUCAUCCACACCUGCUUCGCCAACUCUGCCGGACCUGAUAGCUCCGAGGACCAGCGGCGUACCGAGAUCUGGUCCACUGCUUUGGCACGCCUGAUCUCGGAGCCCAAAUCCACUGGCGAGCACUUCCUCAUCUCGGUCCUCAACAUCUGGACCGCCAUGCGCGAUUGGUCGGGCAAGUCUAACAUGGAAUGGUAUCUGAUGAAGAUUCUCGAGGACGGAGCCUUCCUUUUGGAUCGAGCCGAGGAUCAGCAUGGCACACGAUUCAACCUCUCAGACUGGAACCACUCGGACGAGGUCGCUGCCAAAGAGUUUUACGAGAGGGCAGUGAACCAGCUGUUUGAGUUGGUCGAUGACGAAGAUGCCACUGGAAUCCCUGAAGGACUUUUGGAACUUGGAAAUGCUGUCAUCCAGAAGCUUGACAACAAGUACGUCGAAAACACCUCCCGGUGGUUGGUUUGGAGAUGUCUCUUUUUCGUUUUCCUUUUGGGCGUCAUCAUUCACCCCGAGUCCUAUGGCAUGCUGGCUGAGUAUCACAUCACGCCCUAUGCGCGUGAGAAGAUUCUCAAAAAGGUUGCCAUGAAGGCUCAUGAGUACGUCUCGAGCAUGUGGAGCGGGAAGCCUUCGGCGACCUGCGUCCCUGUUGAAGUGCCCCCAAAAAUCAAGGGUCAUGUGGAGAGUAUCCUCGCCCGAUUCCAGGGAUCACAGUCCAAGAUACCGGCCGCCAAGCUACUCCCGGCAAGGUCCAUCACAUCCCUAAGGGAAACCAAGGAGGUUCACCCUUAUUUGGUCAUCAGCCCGGCAGAUUUGGUGACCUUGGUAAAUGCCAUAUUCCCAGAGAGGAGGCCCCAGUCAGCAGCCUCUGGCAGCUUCAGAUCGGGUCCUGCCUCCAUCUCUGGCAUGUCUGCCAUCUCACAGCCCAUUUCCAUGUCAAACCCACGGAAUAACUUUGACACUGCUUCGAUCAUCAGCACCAGCGCCUCGUCCGUCUUUAGUGACACAACCACUCGAGAUGGGUACAUGGAUGAGCAGACGUCAGUGACUCCUCAGCGAUAUUCCCCUCCAGCAAUGGACUCGGAGAUGCAGAGGCGCCUCAACAAGUACGAGGACGACGGUUACCGCCUGCGCCUGGCCCUGCACGAGAUGACCCAGAACCUAGGCGCCGACACCGUCCGUGGAUCUGUUCACCCCUGUGCGGAGCGAUGGGUUGUUCUCUUCAUCUCAGCUGAUGGGAAGAGCUUGUCGACAAACAUGACGUUUGAUCCUGACGACGAGCUUGACGAUGAGGAGAACUCGUCAAGCACCGACACGGACGAGGAAGAUGCUUCUGACGGCCCAGAGCUUGACAAGGACUAUCAUCAACUUCGCGACUCGAUUCUGAAGCUCGUUGAAGAUUAUGAGAUUCCUCGCAGCCUCGAACCCGAGAAUGGGCGGACCCAGCUCAGCAACCGUGCCUCUGGACUCAAGAGGUACAAGUCAAAGAGCAAGAUUAUCACUACGGAGAGGUCGAUGGCCAGUCGAAACCCGUACAGAAAGCAAGUUGGAAAAGAGAUGGGCCAGAUAGAUUCCAAGCGGGAAUCUUCAACUGUACCUGAGCCAAACCCCAAGGACCAGCAACCAGAAGCUGUGCUUGUCACCAUGCUGAAGGCAGCGUCAUCACAGUCCAAGGCACUGGCUGAUUUCGUCUCAUCUCAUCAGUACUGGAAGACCCUCAACCAACUGAAUGCACUGGAAUCACCUUCCCUCCGAGAGAAUGGAUUCGCGGUACUCAUCAACAUCUUUUCCCGUGGACCUAGAGACUCGAUUCGGCGGUCAGCAUCUGCCAUUGAAGAAUACGAUGCCUGGCUAGUCUGGCUCAAGCAGAGCCAGGAACGCCACGAAGGCAUCAUUGACCGGAUGAUGAAGAGAGUGCGUGCCAUGCGUGACAAGAUGUGGUAUGUCACGGAUGUGCGCAACUCGAAAGAAUACGCCCAUAGUCGCGAUAUAUGCCAGGCAUUGAAGACUAUGGGCAUGCCUAGGCGCUGGAACUCUUUCCAGCGAUCUCGUGCUCAUAUGGCUCGAGGACCAGGCUCGUCAUACCUCUACCGCACCGAGUCGCAAAUCAUGGAUCUCCUUGCUGCUUCUGAAGAGCAGGGAGGACCCAACAAGCUCAGCGAUGACCCGGCUGAGGCAACGGCCGCUUGGCUUCAGAGCCGCGGUAUUGAGAAUUUCUGCAUGGGUGAGGAGAGAAUCCAUCGAUUCUGCUAUGAGGUGGAUAAGUGUAUCUCGAGACUCGUGGGAGAGACGAUCCGAGAAGCCCCAGUUCUCUGGUCGAGCGAGCUGUACAAGCGUGACAAGCUAGGCUAUGACCGCGCAAGAGCUCGAGAGCGUGAGCUGUCAUGGGCUGGAGAUGAUUCUGCAAGCGUCAUUAGCGAACACGAUCGCAAGUUUACUCCCUCGACAACAAGCCGACCAAACUCGUUGGCAAGAGACUUGAGAGCGUUGUCGAUGCACAACCCUAGCCAACAGUCGCUCGAUUCGGUACGACAGAGCAUGCCACGGGCGAGCUCAGCCUUGUCUGAUAUUCUCGACGGGCAAGAGUACUUUGACCGAGCAUCACCAGCUCAUACUAUCGACUCGGCCAGCACCUUCUGGUCACCCUUCCAGCCCGUCAUGUCGCCAAGCUCCGGUGCAUCCAGAUACUCGCCCACCACGAGCUUGACGAAUCUCUCUACAACCUUUUCUCACCCCCUGCAACAUGGCACUGCGCCCUCCACCGCCAGCUACUCAACUGGACGCCCAGGAACGUCGGCGUCCUCCAAUGAGACGGUGUUCCAGCAGCAGCGUGCUGACGACGAAAAGACUCGCUUCCUGGGCGAGCUGAGACAAUCCCUCGUCAGUCUCUUGCUCUCUGACCUCGGCAACCAAGUUUUCUCCCGAGGUUCUGAGACGGAUGCGUGGUUUGACAACCUGGGCCAGCAGUGCAUCGAUCGAAAGGAUGCUCUGGACCGCCGGGCAGCGAGACGCCGAUCCGAAAUCAAGGAGAAACGAAGCUCUGGACGGCCCAGAGUUAUUGAGAAGAAGAAGAGCUUUGGCAACCUGCGGGGAGCCGGGGAGUCGACUUCGGAGCGAGCGUCAGAGACCUCAGAGAGCCUUCCUAUUGUUACCAACGAUGGACAGGCUACCAACGACUCGACUCCGCGCCUGUCAGCAGCAAAGGAGGACAAGUCCGAGUUUCCUUUCAAGAAGGCUUAUCAGCGACUGCUCAACAUGUUCUGCGUCCAUCCCAACCCCUACGCAAAACUGAAUGCCCUGCAUGAGCUGGAGAACCUCAUUGUCGCUGCGCUGCAGUCAAAUGGACAAAAGAGGCCUCGAUGGAAUAGGUCUGAUGCUGGCUCGAGUGUUGUGACUGAGCACGGAAACGCCCGUCCCACGCCUCUGGAGGGAACCAUCGACAAUGUCAAGGAGAGACGAUCUCAAGCACUUCAGUCUCAACUUCAAACCCCCUUCUUUGGUCCACGACAGGCUAGCUCCGAGACACGAUCUAUCAUGUCAGGAGGAAACAUCAACACCGAUGUCAUCACCAAGGAACUGCAGGCUCUCUUCCGAGAGUCAUCGAUUCGACCCAAGUCCCUUUUCCGUGACUUGCAAUUCAUUGCAUCUUUUGUGCCGCCGUCGGUUCUAGACAAGCAAGAGAGAGGCAAGGCCUUCUGGAACACGGCGUUGGCGGCCCUCAAGCUUAAGGGAGAGGUCUGCCGAACUAUGGUGGAGAUGGCGGAUGAAGUUGUCGCCGCGCACACUCAUGUGCGAAAGCCCAGCGAUAACACGAUCCCAGAUGUGCCUCAAUCUUCAACCGGCACUCCCCCGCCACCCUCUACAACCUACAAGCUAGACGAUGCUGGCAAGAUGUGGGCCAUCACGGCCAAGGAAGGAGACCCGACAGCACAGCGUGAACUGGCGCUGUUCUACCUGUCCAACCCCGAGUACGUUGAGCGGACAACUCUCCCCCUCUCCAAGCCUCGUGAGGUGUUCAAGCAGACCGUCAUGGACAAGUAUGGCCGCAACGAGCGUAGCCGCCUGAGUGGUAGUGGACCAGGCGGUGGUGGUCACGGCCUCGGCAACGGAGGCGGCUCCCGUGGUUCGGGCUUCUCGAGCGGAGGCGGCGACGGCAAGGAGAACGACGUGAGGAGCGACCCGGGACUGAUGUGUGUUGCCGUUCAUUGGAUGGAAGCGGCCGAACAUGGAGGCGACGAGCUGGCGUCUAGUUUCUUGCGACAGAACGAGUUCAUGGGUCUUGGUUGA